AUGCAAGACACUAACACACCUUCAGAAAAGACAAACAUUUUUAACAAUGCAAAUUCACAACACACAUGGAGUAAACAAGUUGAGGAGGAACGAAACUCCCAACCAAAGACACAACAAAAACCAGAAGAAAUCUCAACCCCCAAGGGCAUGGAACUACACAUUAAACAAUACACAUCCAGUAAACAACAUCCAACAACUUCUAACAAUACAAAACCUCUCAGACAUACAAAACAAGAUCCAAACCAACCCAACCAAGGAAUUAUACACUACUAG